GCUCCCAGCACGGCAAUGGCCGAGGAUGGCGCGGCACAGCCGCCGCAAAGUGACAAGAACAGUAGCCAGCCGGCGGAGUACCAGCUGAAGGAGUACCUGCUGCUUCUUGCCACCCUGGUGGCGACGGUGACCUACGCGGCGGGGCUCAACCUGCCGUGGGGCUCCUGGCUGGAGGACGCGCCGGCGGAGGGGCGGCUCGCCGGCGACUCCAUCCUCCGGGAGACAAACUACACGCGCUACAUCGUCUUCUACUACUUCAACGCCAUCUCCUUCGCGGCGUCGCUCCUGGUCGGCCUCCUCCUCCUCCUCCUCCACCGGGACGGCAAUAACUGGAGCGGCUGGCUGCUCCCGCUCGUGAGGACGGUGAUGGUCGUCGACCUGCUCGGCCUCACGGGCGCCUACGCCGUCGGUGGCAGCCACGACGGCUUCACCACCGCUUCCGCCUCCGUCCUGGCCUCCGCCGUCUUCGCCUACGUCGCCGUCGCCUUCCUGAACUUCGCCGUACGCCGCCUGCUCCACCGCGGAGGUGGCGCCGCCGCCAACCAACAAGCUCAGGGAGACGUGCCAUCGGUAACGGAGAAGGACGAGCUUGGCCGGCACAAGAUCCUGAUGGUGCUCGCCGUCUUCGCGGCGACCAUCGCGUACGUGGCCGGGCUGAACCCGCCGGGAGGCUUCUGGCGGAGCGCCGAGGAAGGGCACCACGCCGCCGCCGACCCGGUGCUGCAGCGCCUCCACCCCAACCGCUACAAGGCCUUCUUCUUCUGCAACACCGCCGCCUUCGCUGCGUCCCUGACCGCCAUCAUGAUCAUCGUGGAUUACGCCAAUCUCGACCUCAAGCGGAUGAAGUUCCGAGCGAGGGAUUACGCGCUGUAUGGGCUCAUCGUCACGGCGCUCUUGGGCCUCGGCGGCGCCUACGCCGCCGGGAGCUGCAGGGACAGCAAGCACACCGGAUAUGUUGUCGGCCUGAUUCUCCCCGUCGCUGUCUGCAUUUAUUUCCAGUAUGUUGCUGCGAAGAGCUCUUGCAUUAAGAACAUCAAGGAUUGGUACGACAGACGGAUUGAAGCAAACAAGAAAUCGCCCAACAAAUAUAACCUUAUCAGUGCUCUUAGUGCGAUUGUUACGGAGGCUAGCAUACGUGACGACCUGAAUAGAGCUCGUGAAAACAUCCAGUUGCUUGCCAUUCUUGCGGCGACCAUCGCUUACACGGCAGGACUAGAUCCACCUGGUGGUGUAUGGGCGUCCAAAGGGGAUGGUUACAAUGUAGGAGACCCAAUACUCCUCACAACUCAUCCUGGGCGUUACAAGGCCUUCUUCUACUUCAACUCGGCGGCUUUCGUGGCGUCACUGGUCAUCAUGGUGAUGUUGCAGAGUAAAAAUCUAGCUGAAAGCCACGCGCUGAAGGCGGCCAUGAUACUAGAUCUGUUCGGUCUCAUAGGUGCAUAUGCUGCUGGGAGUUGCAGGGACACAAGCACCUCCAUUUACACGGUCGCCUUGGCAGGCGGUGUCCUCAUCUACGUGGUUAUCCACAUUGUGUUCUUCACACCAGAGAGCACAUCAAGCAAGAACGAAGAACAGCUGGAGUACAAGCGUAAGGUGUUGCUCCUUCUCGCAAUCUUGGCUGCCACACUCACCUACCAGGCCGGCUUGACCCCUCCAGGGGGCUUGUGGGAAACUGGGCACCGCGCCGGCUUCCCGAUCCUCCAAGACAAGUACCCUCUCCGUUACAAGGCAUUCUUCUACUGCAAUGCAGCAAGCUUCAUGGCGUCCGUGGCUCUCAUCAUCCUCCUGCUCAACGCCAAUAUGUAUAAGCCAGGCAUACGGUGCUAUGCACUCGUUGUCUGCAUGGUGGCCGGCAUGGUCGGACUCAUGUGCGCCUAUGCUGCUGGGAGCUCCAUGCAUCUGCGAACCUCCAUCAUCGUGCUGGUAUUGCUUGCUGCCGUCACCGCAAUCCUAGUCAUUCUAGCUAUCAGACUCUUUGUGGAGAAGCUAAGAUCUGCCGCCGAAGCUCGAAAAGCCAAGGAAAAUCCAAAUGAUCUUGAACAGCAACGACACAAUCACAAUGGCGUCAACAAACCCAUCACCCCCAACAAUAAUGAUCCAAAACCCAAUGCCAGUGAUCCAAAAGCCAGUGCCAGUGAUCCAAAACCCAAUAAUACCAAUGAUCCAAAACCCACUGCCAGUGAUCGAAAACCGAGUAAUGCCAGUGAUCCAAAACCCAAUAAUGCUAGUGAUCCAAAACACUGUCCCCCUGCUGAUCAGGAGGAUCUGGCGGAAACUGCCAUGUACCUGAUGCUGGUAGGAAUACUGGCUGCGAGCGUGACCUACCUGACGGGCCUGAAACCACCCGGUGGCAUGUGGAGGGAUGACGACAAUGGACACUCUGCAGGCAACCCGGUCCUCUACGACAUCAACAAGCAACGGUACAAUGCUUUCUUCUACUGCAACUCCACCUCCUUCGUGGCUUCCAUCACCAUCAUCGCCUUGCUGCUGCUCCAAUGGAUGGCGACAUUUUUUGGGAAACCAGUACUGUCUCUUGGGCCGAUGCACACAGCCAUGGUACUUGACAUGCUCGCCCUCCUGGGUGCCUACGCUGCGGGAAGUGAUCGGGAGUCGAGCAGAUCCUGGAAGGUCAUCCUGCUCGUCCCCUUAGUGGUCUUGGUCAUCUUUCUCUUUUGGUUCAUCUGUGGGAACAAACAGGAGGAGCCGACGAAGCCGAAAACCAGAGCCGCAUACGAAGCCGAUGCCUCGGUUACUAGAUUUGACCACUAGCACGCACGGACCAAUGGAAAAUAAUGGACAUGCUUGAGAGGGUCCGUUGUUGGAUGUGCCACGCUGAGCUACUUACAGGUUGACUUUCAAUUAAGGAAUAACCACCACUCUACUACACAAAUACCAGCUGUUGACACAGUCGUUUGCUUGCCUUAAGUAUUUUCUGAAGCAGGAGUCCAAAUGCCGAGUUAUUUGCUCAUGUAUGUGUAAUCUUUAUUUCCCCAAUGUCAUUUUAUUUGGAACCAAGCCACAUGUAUACAUCGAGUUGUCAGUCGUUUAUAAUGCAUUAAACUUUUGUAACGGACACUUGAGGCCCGUUACAAGGCCCAA